GGGAGGUGGGGACUUAGUUUGCUUGUUUUAUAAAUAAAGACCUGCAAACAGGUACUGCCUUUGCUUUUGUUAAUGUGUGAGGAGGAAAUGGAAACAAAAGCUUAAGUGCUUCUUGCUGUCUGUGCCUCUUGCUGCUCUUGGUGUUCUUGGAAAUAGUUUUCUUCAUGAAGAUGCAUGAUCCCCUGUAUUAGAACACAGUAUGUGAAAUUUGAAUGCCGUUUCAAAACUGAAACCGAAGUUCCCUUGUUGCAUCUGAUCCUCUAGAUGUUGUGUUUACUAUAUUCCCCAGAAUAACCAAGCCUGGUCUUCUGUCUCCAAGCUGAACAACACAGCAUGUUGCUCAAGUUCCAGGACAGUAAUACCACAUGCCACUAACAGGACCAGAGAAGUCAGUAACCCUUAAGACCCCACUUCCUCCAACAUCCCAGAUUCCAGGUCUUGGUGAUCUUGCAAAUGCUCCACAUGAAAUGCCAUCCAGGUGCCGCAGGGGAUCAGAGACAGAUUCAGCUUAUGUCAGGCUGGCAAAGCAAGGAGGCCAAUCUGACCUACUGAAGCACUACACUGCUGUGAUAAGUAAAUCCUGUCCAGCAGCAUAUGCUGCACCUGACUGGUACUUGCACUGCUCCAAUCCCCCAGCGACCAAUAAGCCACAGAGCUAUGUUUCCUUUCUACCAGAUUAUGUAAUUCACAGAGAGUUUAAGGCUGAUGAACAUUGUGGUAACCAUUGUGAGAUAAGAGGCCCUUUCGAUUUUGAUACGAAAACUGUUUGGCAGCAGGAUGCUGAGGACAAAGAAAAGGCAGAGAAAAAGAAGGUAAAGCUCCCAGCUAUAAACCCUAAAUAUCCAAGCAGAAUGCCAAAUGUUUCUACGAACAAGGAAUUUAGUGGGAAAAAUAAACUUUCCUUACCACCCAUUGUACAGAUUCAAAUAAUAAUGUAUAUUGUUAGUUCUGUAAACAUAGGUUACAAAGACACAAGCCUGCUAAGAAGAAAAAACGAAGCAGUAAACUUUAGCAAAUUAAUUAGCAAUGGUUAUGGGACUGACUGGCUUCAGCAGUGUACAGGAAGAAACAAAAACAUUAAAGAAACAUCAGAAAAUAGUGAUCAGUCCAAAGAUUCAGAGCCAUCAGAGUCUGAAUAAGCACCUACAAGCAAUAAGUCAAAGCCACUGCUGAGUUAGGAUAUAUCCUUAAAAUCCUAUGAAUAAUUGAAUAUUUAUUAUAAAGCCCAUUAGAAAGUGGAUGCAAUUUCAAUAUGAUAUUUUUUGCUACUACUAUGAAAAGCGAAGUUUUUAAUAAGUAAACGGUAAUUUUUAGUCUCCUUUUCAGAGUGUACUCAGUACAUUGUACACCUUUGAAUCUAAAAAGAUUUAAAAAUGU